AUGAUCCGCAACACUCUCGUUUUUGCUGCACUAGCAGCCACUGCCGUUGCCGGACCUUGCAAACCCAAUAGUCCUUCCACCGAGCUUCUGUCGACCACGAUCGGGUCGACCGAGACGUCCUAUUAUGAGACUUCCGUCACCGAAGCAACAUCCUCUGCAGCCGUCACUGAGACCACAGACGUAGUCCCUUCCAUUGCCAGCUCGGAUGCGACCACCACAGCCAAAGUCACCACUACCUCAGGCUCCGAGUCAACAACAACUUCAGCAGAUGUCUGUGUGCAAAGCCUUACCGCACAGAAUGGCGAGCCUCCGCUAGCAGAUCGGGAGGCUGACUGCCACGACUUCAACAUAGUCACAAUCAGCUCGUACGAAGUGACUCAAACAGUUUACAAGCGGGGCAGCGUCAUAAUCAUCCCUACAAAUGCAAUUGCCCGUCGUGCCGAGGGCGAUGCGGCAACGACUAUCCUGCCGACUGGCACCCCAGCUUAUGCUACGUACUGCGAUGAUCCAGCAGCGUACUAUGAGGCUUGCUCUGAGCUUGGCGUCACUGCGUUCACAACUACUAUUCCGGAGCCCACGACUACUACCAUUUACACUUAA